AUGGUCGUGGAAGUUGCAGGUGGCCACCACCGGAAGGUGUGCCAUCUUCCUCUCCGCUUCUUCCCCCUUCCGUUGCUGCUUCUGCUCGCCCUUCUGCCCGCCCGCCUUCUGGCGUACAACGGAGAUCUCGACGAAACGGUCGAGCACAUUAAAAUCGGUGGACUGUUUGAUAGCGCGCAGGAGGAUGCGGAACUCGCGUUCCAGUACGCCGUCGAAGCGGUCAACAACGAGAAGCUGUCCUACUCCAACUACCAGCUCGAGGCGCAAGCCGUCCGGGUGAAGUACGGCGACCAGUUUGACGUGUCCAAGAAGCUGUGCCGGCUGCUGACGAAAGGAGUGGCGGGCAUCUUCGGUCCGUCGUCGCCCAAGUCCGCCCUGCACGUGCAGAGUUUGUGCGACGAGAAGGAGAUGCCGCACAUCGAGACGCGCUGGGACGCGUACACGAAGCUGCCGACGCUGAACCUGCACCCACACCCGCACAUCAUGGGCCGCGUGCUGCUCGACCUGGUGGUGGCGUUCGAGUGGAAGGACUUCACCAUCAUGUACGAGUCCGGUCCGUGGCUGCCGAGCAUCAGCGACCUGCUGAAGAUGUACGACCCGAAGGGCUACACGGUGACGGUGCGCCAGCUGGACCUGAAGCUGAACGGCAACUACCGGGCGGUGCUGCGGCGCGUGAAGCUGUCGGAGGACAAGCGCAUCAUACUGGCCUGCUCGAUCGACUCGAUGCCGGAGGUCCUGCGGCAGGCGCAGCAGGUGGGGCUGCUGACCGAUCACCAUCAGAUCAUCGUCACCUCGCUCGACCUGCACACGAUCGACCUGGAGCCGUACCAGUACAGCGGCACCAACAUCACCGGCAUCCGGCUGAUCGACCCCGAGGAGGAGAAGAUCAAGCAGGUGACGGAGUUCCUGAACGCGUCGCAGAUCGCCAAGAAGCUCUCGCUGACGGACGGGCUGAAUCCGGCCAAGAUGCGCGUCGAGACGGCGCUCAUGUACGACGCGGUGCUGCUGUACGCCGAGGCGCUCAAGCACCUGAUCGGCAGCGAUCCGGCGCAUCUGCUGGAACCGCUGGAGCUCAAGUGCGACGAAACGACGACCUGGAAGAACGGCUACAGCAUCAUCAACUACAUGAAGAGCUCCACCAUACACGGGCUGACACGCAGCAUCAAGUUCGACCACCAGGGCCACCGGUCCGACUUCCUGCUGGACAUCAUCGAGCUCGGACCGGCCGGCCUAGAGAAGGUCGGCGUCUGGAACUCGACCGAGGGGCUCAACUUCACGCGCAAGAAGGAACAGACAGCACUCGCCUUCGACGACGGUACGCUGCAGAACCGGACGUUCCUCGUCCUAACCGCAAUCUCUCCACCGUACGGCAUGCUGAAGGACUCGCCGGUGAAGCUGACCGGCAACGAACGCUUCGAGGGGUUUGGAAUCGAUCUCAUUCAUGAGCUAUCGCUGAUGCUGGGCUUCAACUACACGUUCAUCCUGCAGGAGGACGGCGUUUACGGUUCGCUGAAUCGCGACACGAAGAAAUGGAACGGCAUGGUGCUGGAGCUGCUUGAAUGGCGCGCUGAUUUGGCCAUCACCGAUCUAACCAUCACGUCGGAUCGCGAGAGUGCUGUCGACUUUACGAUGCCAUUCAUGAACCUCGGUAUCUCGAUCCUGUACCGGAAGCCGACGAAGCAGCCCCCAUCGCUGUUCUCCUUCAUGUCGCCGUUCUCGAAGCAGGUGUGGCUGUACCUCGGCGGUGCCUACAUGAUGGUCUCGAUGUCGUUCUUCAUCCUCGGGCGCAUCUCGCCGAAGGAGUGGGACAACCCGUACCCCUGCAUCGAGGAACCGGAAGAGCUGGAGAACCAGUUCAGCUUCAGCAACUCGAUGUGGUUCACCAUCGGUGCGCUGCUGCAACAGGGUUCAGAAAUCGCACCCAAGGCUCCCGCGACACGAGCCGUCGCCUCGAUCUGGUGGUUCUUCACGCUCAUCAUGGUCUCGUCCUACACCGCCAACCUGGCCGCCUUCCUGACCAUCGAGCAGGUGUCGUCGCCGAUCAACAACGCGGAGGAGCUGGCAGCAGCGGGUGGCAAGGUGAAGUACGGUGCCAAGCGAGACGGUAGUACGAUCAGCUUCUUCAAGGACGCCGAGUACGGCACGUACGCCAAGAUGUACAAGUACAUGAUGGACAACGUGGAAUUGCUGACGUCCUCCAACCCGGAGGGCCUGCAGCGCGUCAAGACGGAGAACUACGCGUUCCUGAUGGAGUCCACCUCGAUCGAGUACAUCGUGGAGCGCGAGUGCGACGUCACGCAAAUCGGUGGACUCCUCGACGACAAGGGCUAUGGUAUCGCAAUGCGUAAGAAUUCACCAUACCGGAGCGCCCUCAGUGAGGCUGUGCUACGGCUGCAAGAGCAGGGAGUACUGACAUCCCUCAAACGCAAGUGGUGGAAGGAGAAGCGCGGUGGUGGUGCCUGCUCGAACACGAUGGAGGAAGGUGGUGCGCUUGCACUCGAGCUAGCGAACGUUGGUGGCGUGUUCGUGCUACUGAUCGUUGGCUGCGUUGCGGCGCUGUUCGUGAGCUUCUGCGAGAUGCUGUGCGAUGUGCACAGCCGGUCGCGCGACUUGAAGCAAAGCACUAGCGAUGACGGUGCCGAAGAGCUCGGCAUGGACAAUGUGGGCGGCGUGUUUUUCGUCCUGUUUGUCGGCUGCUCCUUCGCGAGCCUGUUCGGCUGCUGCGAGCUAUUCUUCGUUAUUGCACAUCGCGCUCGACGGCACAAGGUACCGUUCCGGGAGGAGCUGAUGGCUGAGCUGCGCUUCGUGGCCAAGUGCCACGGCAACACCAAGCCCGUCCGGCAUCGCAAGAGCUCGUCCGGUUCCGGCCACAACUCGAUCGAGUCGGCGGCCAUGGACUCGACCGGUGCGUCCGCCGCCUCCAGCAAGCAGGACAUCUCCGGCGGGGGCGAGGGUGCCGAGGGCCACCAGCGGAAGCAGAACGGCACCGGCAACGGGAAGUCGGCGCUCAACGGCACCCGCAAGGUGACACUCGACGAUUGAGUUUGAUUAAUGAGUCCCGCCACCAGGCGCCUCCAUCGCAGAAAGACCAGGCGCCUCCAUCGCCGAAAGACCAGGCGCCUCCAUCCGCCGUGGGCCUUGCUGACUUUCACACGUCAUCCUGUUUAACAUCAUCUGGCCCUCCCUCUCCCUCUCUUUCUCUCAACCCAUCCACCGCAAGGCGCAAAAUAGAACGAGCUUUCCGAUACUCCGUCCGAAAAAACAAAUAGAAAAAAAGAUGGUCUGAUUUUUCAAAAGGUGCGCCACCACCACCAGCGAACGAAACCCACACCCAGUUGUGCAACGGGGGUGGGCACAAAAGGCUACCGAUUGCCGAUGUUGCCGAAAAAGUACCCCCCACCACUU